AUGAACUUCAAAUUCCCAGGAACUUAUGCAGAACUCAAAGAUACCAAUUUCUCAGAAUAUUAUAGAGUUAAAUCUAAAAAUUUAAUCCCAAACAUGGAUGAUCGAUUAAUAUAUAUGAAAAUUAAUUACUUCCAAGAUGAAUUUCAUCAAAUACCUACACUUAUUGAAGAUGCUCAAACUUUUGAUUUUCUUUAUUAUUUGAUAGAGUAACAUAUAAAUAUAAAGCAAGAUAUUUGGAUAAACACUAGAACUAAAAAGCUCAACUCCAAUUAAUUGACAUUUUUUCAUCUUAAAUUCUCAAACUACAUAAUAACCAUUAUCAAGCAUUUCAGAUGACUCUCUUCUUAUUAUUAAAUCUAUUGUAAUAAAAAUAGAUAUAAGGACCUUAGGUUAAAAGAUCAUUAAAAUAAUUGAAGCAACUUUUUAGUCUAAAUACUUUGGUUAAUCUUGAUAGAGAAGGUAUCAGAUAUGUUUUUGAUCUCAUCAAAAUGGCUUUAGAAAUAAAAGAAACUCAAAUAAGAGAAGUUUGGAUUGAAGUUCUUAUUUUAGCAUUGACAAUAUGGUCAAAACAUGAAACUAUUCUUAAAAAUACAAUUGUUCAUUUAAUGUAUGAAUAAGAAAGUGUAGUUCCGAAUCUAAGUAAAUUCUUAGUUGCUUGUAGUAAAAAUGAUAAAUUAAAAUCAUAUACAAUUGAUUAACUAGGUUUACUUAUUAAUUUUAUUACUGAUAAAUCUACAAACUAAACUGAGAGUUUGGCUGUUAAAAAUCUUAGAGAAUUAUUAACUAUAUCAUCUAAAGAUAUGCCUAAAAUAUAUUAUUAAUAAUUGUCAUCAAUGAUAGGAUUAUAUGACAAUGAAAAUUAUCAUAUAAGAAGUGGUCUUUCAGAUGUUAUUACUAAUGUUAUAGAAUAUUUAGUUAAAGAAUCUAAGGAAAAUGAUGAUGAAGUUCUUCUUUAAAAUGCUAAUAAUCUAACUUAAUCAUUAAUGUCUAGACAUUUAGAUAAAACUGCUUUAUGUAGAUCUAAUGUAUUGUAAUGUUUAUCACAAUUACUUAAUUUAAAUUGUAUAUAAAAGCAUCAUUUACCAGCUAUUUUUGCCAUAAGCCAAUCUCGUCUAAGAGAUGUCUCAGGUUAUGCUAGAAAAUCAGCAUUAUAAUUAUUAAAAUCAGUCUCACGUUGUUAUAGAUAUUUAUAUGUUCAAAGUUAAGGUAGGGAUAAUUUUUGGUCAUUGAAAGAAAUUGAAGAAUAAACAAGAAACUAUUAGUAAGAAUUAGAUAACAUUCACAAUGAUUUUGAAAAAAUAGAUCUAAAAUUUUAAGAAGGGCUUAUUACUGAAGAAUAAGUUAAUGAUACAAUUAAAAAUAUUAGAAAAAAGAUUUAAGAAAUUAAUAAGAGCUAAGAAUACUUAAAUGAAUACAGCAAAUUUCUUGAUGGAAUGUAAUCUGCAAUCACUAAAGUCUUAUAACUAUGUUAGAGCAAAAAUCAAGCAGAUGUAAUACAUUCAAUAAAAUUGUUUGCAUAUUUAUCAAAAUAUUAAUUUGAAGCUGCAGGUAUAGGAUUGAGAAGAAUGAUAUUAUUAGUUUGGUCACAAGAUAAAUCAAUUUAAUAUGAAGUUAUUAAAAAAUUUUGGAAACUUUAUUUUAAAAAUAAUAAAAAUACUAAAUAAAUAAUUCUAUCUAUAAUAAACCUAAUAAGUAAUUCAAAUUAAAAGGAAUUGUUAUCAAUAGAAAAAAUAUUAGAAUCAUAUGAGACUGAAUAGGCUCCAAAUUAUUAAUUUCCAAAUAAAACAUUUGGAGUUCUUUGGGAUUUGUUUGGUAGACCGGAAAUUAAUUAAAGAUCUAUGUUAAUCUUUGUGAGAAUAAUGCUGACAAGAAAUUCUUCUUAUUUUAAUAUAGAGAAAAUAAGAUAAAUUCAAGAAUUGCUUAUGUCUUAUAAUAGAAAGGAUCCUGAUUGGAUAAUAAUAAAAGAACUUUCCAUAAUAUUAUCAAAGGUAGACAGAAAUUAAGAGAAAAACAAAUUCUAUUUAAGUAAAUCAAUAGAAUUGCUGAUUAGAUUACUUAUAAAGUAUAAAGAUACUACUGAUAUGAAUUAUUUUAGUGCAUGUGAUUCUAUAAUGUAAUUAAUUUCAUUAUUGUGUGAGAAUGCUGAAUAGAAAUUUGAAGGUUUAAUAAAAGAAUUUGGAUUUGAAUAACCAUAAUAAAUAUUGAUGGAAUUAGAAUAACAUAGUAAUAAAGAUGAAAUGCAUUUAACUCAUGCAAUAUAUAUAGCAGGAUGCAUUUCAUUAUAAUUAUUAGUAUUGAUUGACAAAACACAUGAUUAAUUAAAAUAAGUAAAAAAUGAUAAGGAAUCAAAAAUAGGGAAGGAAUAAGAAAUAGAUAAGAUUUCAGGUGGUUUGGAUGGAGAUUUCGAAAGAUUGCAUGAAGAAGUAAGUGAAAUAUAGGAUAUUAAAUUGGUUUAAUAGAAUUUAUUAUCUAUUUUUUCUUAACUAGUAAAAAUUAUAAUAGAAGAUUGUUUGAUACAAAUGGAAAGUAAUUCUUCUAGUAAUAAAUAAUAAUCUCCUUUAGUUCAGGUUAGUCUAAUUACAAUGUGUAAGUUCAUGUGUUUAUCUGAAUCAUAUUGUCGAUAAAAUAUAGAGAUGUUAUUUAAUAUCAUGAAGUAAUUAGAAUUGCAUAAAUAUUUUAGAUAUCCUUUUUUUGAUUAAGUAAUAAAAAACAAUGUACUAAUUAGUAUUGGUGAUUUAUUGCAUAUGUGGCCAAAUACUGUUCAAAGGUUUCAUAAACAAAUAUAUUCAAAUUUAUUUGAUUCAAAUGGUCCUUUAAGAAGAGUAACUUUGUUGGUUCUUACUCAUUUAAUUUUGAAUGACAUGAUAAAGAGUAAAUCAUCACUAUCACAUAUUCCUGUAUUAUUGAAUGAUCCUUGUUAGUAAAUCUAAUGUAUGGCUAGAUACUUUUUAAACGAAUUGUAAAAAAAAGAAUAGAGAGCUAUUUCUAAUGCUAUUCCAGAUAUCAUUUUAAAUAUUCAUGAACAUAACGAAAUUAUUAUAUCUUAAAUAUCUAUAUAUAUAGAUAAGAAUCUUGUGGAAUCUAUUGUAGAAAAAUUAAUAAAUAUAUUAGGAUUCAGUUAAAGUAUAUUUAUACCUAAUAUUAUAUAUAGAUUAAUCAGAAAUUAAAAACAUAUCUAUAUUAUUCAAUUAUAUGAAUUUGAAUUAAAAUUCAUUACAAAGAUUUUUAGAUGGUUGGGAAUCAUAUAGAGAAAAAUUAAAAGAUCAAUUUGUUUAUAAUCAAUUUUAAACAUUAAUUAAAAAAGUAUUUUAUAGCUUACUUGAUUUAGCUAAGAAGAACACUGUCUUCAGAGAGUAAAGUUUAGAUUGAAGAAUUUGAAAUGAAAGUGGAAAACUAUGAUAAAGAAACCUUUGAAAAUAGAAGAAGAGAUAAGGUAUCAAAGAGAAAAUAUUGUAAAACUCAAUAACAAGAUAAAGAUGAAAAAGAAUUUAAAGAAAAUAUUAGUAAUAAAAAGUAACAAUAGUAGAGGAAAAUAAAAAGGAAAGAUGAAGAUAUUAUUGAAAUAGAAUCUAAUUCUGAGGAUGAAACUUCUUAAGGUUUGGUUCUUAAAUAAUAAUAAACAAAUCAAAGAGGAAGAAGAAGACUUUUUAAAAGAAAUGAUGAAUGA